CUAUUUCUCCUCCCAUUCAUUACUUCACAUGGCCUGAUUAGUCUCAGUAUGUCAAUUUCUCUCAUUUCAAAGAAAAGAAAAGCUUUUAUAAGUCAACCAGCACCUGCUGGCUACGUACCAGGACUAGGAAGAGGUGCUACUGGCUUUACCACUCGAUCAGAUAUUGGGCCAGCUCGUGAAGCAACUGAUGUUCCUGACGAGAGGCACGCCCGUUUGCAAAAGAAGGCACGCCCACAUGAAGACGAUGACGACCCGCCAGAACCGGAAGAAGAGGAUCUUAACGAUGCAAACUAUGAUGAGUUUUCAGGUUAUGGCGGUAGCCUGUUUUCGUCAGGUCCUUAUGACGCUGAUGACAGAGAGGCUGAUCAGAUUUAUGACACGAUUGACAUGAGAAUGGACGACAGGAGGAAAGAGAGGAGGGAGAAAAAAUUUCAGGAAGAGAUUGAAAAAUAUCGACAAGAGAGGCCAAAAAUACAGCAACAGUUCUCUGAUCUCAAGCGUCAAUUGGCUGUUGUUUCAGAUGAUGACUGGUUGAAUAUCCCGGAAGUUGGCGACGCUCGUAACAAGAAGCAAAGAAACGCUCACAUAAGACCAGACCGCUAUACUCCAGUCCCUGACUCUGUGUUACAGAGGGCUCUUGCAGGUGGUCAUAAUUCCCUUUCUAAACAGCAACAGUUGUUGGGAGGGUUCGCAACCCCUUAUCCAGGGACUAUGACGGGGACCAUGACACCGGGAGUCUCUACGUCAACUCGUAUCGACUUGAAUCAAAUCGGAGAAGCACGUAACUCUAUGCUGGGGAUAAAACUAGACCAGGUUUCUGAUUCCGUUUCUGGUCAAACUGUUGUUGAUCCUAAAGGAUACCUCACUGACUUGAAUAGCAUUACACCUCAAACAUCAGGAGAUGUGAAUGAUGUCAAAAAAGCUCGUCUGUUGUUAAAGUCAGUUAUUACUACUAAUCCAAACCACGCCCCCGGGUGGGUGGCGGCCGCUAGACUGGAGGAGGUCACCGGUAGAAUGCAAAUGGCACGAAACAUAAUAAUGAGGGGGUGUGAAGUGUGCUCUAAGAAUGAGGAUGUGUGGGUAGAAUCAAUAAGACUCCAGCCUCCUGAGAAUGCUAAGCUAGUAGUUGCUCAGGCGAUAGGCCACAUACCGCAAUCAGUGAAGAUAUGGCUGAAAGCUGUUGAGUUGGAAUCGGACGUACCAGCAAAGAGAAGAGUCCUACGCAAGGCAUUGGAGAACAUACCGUCAUCAGUGAGACUAUGGAAGGAAGCUGUGGAGCUAGAGGAACCAGAAGAUGCAAGAAUAUUACUAGGAAGAGCUGUUGAGUGCUGUCCUGCUAGCGUUGAGUUGUGGCUGGCAUUGGCUCGGCUUGAAAACUAUGACAAUGCGCGUAAAGUUCUAAAUAAAGCCCGUGAGAAUAUACCCACCGAUCGUAAGAUUUGGAUAUCAGCAGCAAGACUGGAGGAGUCACAGAAUAACAUACACAUGGUCAGCAAGAUCAUUGAAAGAGCAAUAAGUUCAUUACAGUCCAAUGGUGUUGAGAUCAACAGAGACCAGUGGAUAAAAGAGGCAGAGGAAGCAAACAAGUCUGGAUCAGUCCACACUGCUCAAGCCAUCAUUCGCUUAGUUAUUGGCUACGGCAUUGAAGAAGAAGACAGACUAGACCAAUGGACGGAAGAUGCCGAGAGCUGUGCAGCCAACGAAGCCUAUGAGUGUGCCCGGGCUAUAUAUGCUCAUAUGCUGACAGUGUUUCCAAAGCAGAAGAAUAUAUGGCUUGAGGCAGCUUAUUUUGAGAAGGAUCAUGGAUCUGGAGAGUCCCUAGAGGCUUUGCUACAGAAAGCAGUUCAGAAUUGUCCUAAAGCUGAAGUCCUUUGGCUAAUGGCUGCUAAAUCUAAAUGGCUCGCUGGUGACGUUCCUUCCGCUCGUUCUAUACUCUCUCUGGCAUUUCAAGCUAAUCCUAAUAGCGAAGAGGUGUGGCUUGCUGCCGUUAAACUUGAGAGUGAGAACAACGAGUUCGAGAGAGCUAGGAUCCUAUUGGAGAAGGCAUGGGCCAGUGCAGGUACUGCAAGAGUAAUGAUGAAGUCAGUGAAACUGGAAUGGGUACUCAAUAAUAUGGAGAAAGCUUUUAAACUAACAAGAGAUGCACUUGAGAAACAUCCAGACUUUGCUAAACUGUGGAUGAUGCUAGGACAAAUGAACGAGCAAGAGGGAAAGAUUGAUGAAGCAAGAAUGUCUUACAUUGAUGCAUUAAAGAAGUGUCCCGGUUCUCUCCCUCUCUGGAUCCUCUACUCUCGUUUGGAGGAGAAGUCAGGUCAACCAACCAAAGCAAGAUCAGUGCUAGAGAAAGCAAGACUUAAGAACCCACGAUCGCCAGACCUUUGGUUGGAGGCCAUCAGGCUAGAGAUGCGAGGUGAUAGGAAGCCGAUAGCUCAAAACCUCAUGGCAAAAGCACUUCAAGAGUGCCCCUCCUCUGGUAAACUAUGGGCGGAGUCCAUCUUUAUGGCAACACGCCCACAAAGAAAGACCAAGAGUGUCGACGCCCUCAAAAAGUGCGAACACGACCCACAUGUAUUACUAGCGGUCGCAAAGUUGUUUUGGACGGAGAGGAAGAUCAGUAAAUGUCGUGAGUGGUUUAUUAGAGCAAUAAAGAUUGAUCCUGAUCAGGGAGACACCUGGGCUCAUUAUUAUAAAUUUGAAUUAGCCCAUGGAACACAGGAGCAACAAGAUGAAGUCCUCAAGAGGUGUGUUCAGGCUGAGCCGCGUCAUGGCGAGACAUGGUGCUCAGUAUCAAAAGAUAUCAAGAACUGGCAGAAACAUACGAAUGAUAUCCUGCCACUAGUAACAGCUGCAAUUAGUGUGCCAGUUUAAAUUGAACACUGAUAUUUUGUUUACUAAAAAAUAACAUUAAAAUAAAGCAUCAUAAUGUCUUGUCUUCUAAACUGACUCUCUCUAAUCCUAAAUAUUCCACAAAAAUUAUUGACAACAUCUUGUA